AUGAGAAAGCUUAAGGUGUUACUGGGGAACCAUCCUAUCUAUAGCGAUACCAUCACCACACUCGCCAAUAACGGGAUAACAACAGAUUUAGCAUUGUUGAAAGCCGACUUGGACGAUCUCAGCAAGAGGACGAGCAUUCCAACUCAACGUUUACAUGUUUUACGUCACAAGGUGGCUACUCUUUCGGUUGUGCCUGAAACGAACAAAGACUUUGAUCAAACUCGAUUUUCAACUGGAUUCCAGACGCUCGAUCAUUCUCUUCAUGGCGGAUUUUGUCUAGGACAUACAAUUGAAGUUACAGGACUUCAUCGGGUGAUCAAUGCCGAGUUCUCUCUAUAUGCUGUGGAAUCCUUUCUUUCUUCAUUUGACGAUGCUACGGUCCACUAUAUCUAUACCACAGGCAUGGCCGAUUCACGACAAAUGGAAGCAGUGAUAUCUCGAGCACAAGCAAAGCACAAACGACAUAAGAGCGAUCAAAUCAUGCAACGGAUCCAAUGUUAUAGCGUGGUGACACCUACAGAUGCAUGUCAACUCCUUGUCCAGAUAGGGGCGUUACAUUUAUCAUCACCCUCGACCCCUUCACUGAUCGUGAUGAGCGAUAUUGUUCACUUGCUUGAAUCCGAAUGGAGCAAUAAUACCACCGAACAACAACAACCCAACCUGGCUCAGAGCCUGAAAUCAGUCAACAAUCUUGGCCUGUCGACGCUUGUUUUACAUACAAUCACGGGUGAUCCCAACUUUGAGAAACCAAGAUCAAUGAAAGCACAAGGAUUAAUGGAACAAUGGAAUUCUGCUAUCGAUAUCCGGUUGUUAUUAGCUCAUGGCGUGGAAUCCGCAGGGACCGUUUGCAAAGUGGUCAAGGCACGGAGCACAAAGAUAAGCAAUCAGGGCUCUUUAAUACCAUUGGUAAGAUUCUAA